AUGCUAAUAUUUAAUCAUAAUUCUUUGGGAAGCUACUCAACUGGAGAUCUUGCAUUUAUUGGUGCUCUUACUAACUGCACCCGACUAGAGAUUUUAGAGGUUGCUUCGAAUAAGCUUGGGGGUGAUUUACCGACUUCCAUUGCCAAUUUGUCCACAAACCUCAACGAUUUAAGCCUUGGAAAAAAUCUUAUCACAGGAAGCAUUCCUCACAACAUUGGAAAUCUCAUUAACUUACAAGAAUUUGCGAUUGGAGGUAAUAUGUUGACAGGACCAAUACCAACGUCUAUCGGCAAAAUUUUAGGAUUGAGGUUAUUAUAUCUCCAUACAAACAGAUUCUCAGGAGAGAUACCAUCUUCUAUAGGCAACCUCACAUGGCUAGAAAAUCUCGAUGUGGCCAACAAUAGUUUGGAAGGAACCAUUCCUCAGAGUAUUGGUAACUGCAGUUCCAUGCUACAUUUGAAGAUUGCGUCUAAUAAGUUGAAUGGGACUAUACCUCGGGAAGUUCUAGAAAUCCGGUCGCUUAUUCACUUAAGCAUGUCAAAUAAUUAUUUGAUAGGCUCUGUGCCAAAAGAUAUUGGGCGACUUGAAAAUCUUGUUGGGCUAUAUGCUGCUCAUAAUAAAUUAUCAGGAGAACUACCACAGAGUCUUGGAAAGUGUCUCUCGAUGGUACAACUACAUCUCCAAGAAAAUUCUUUUGAUGGAACCAUUCCAGAUAUCAGAAGAUUGGUGGAUGUUAGAGCAGUUGAUUUAUCAAGAAAUCGUCUCUCUGGAACUAUACCUGAAUAUUUUGUGAACUUUUCCAAACUGAAGUAUCUCAAUUUAUCCAUCAACAAUCUAGAAGGAAGGGUGCCAGCACAAGGAAAAUUCAAGAAUGCUACUAUAGUUUCGGUAUUUGGGAACCAACAUCUAUGUGGAGGCAUCAAGGAGCUGAAGCUAAAGCCUUGCAUUGUCCAAGAACCACCAAUGGAGACGAAGCAUUCCAGCCGUUUGAAGAAAGUUGUGAUUGGGGUCAGCGUAGGCAUAACUUUGCUUCUGGUGUUGUUCACAUGUCUUGUUUCUUUACGUUGGUUCAUAAAAAGAAAGAAGCAGCAGCAUACUGAUAGUACAACUCCUUCUUCGUUGGAGAUUUUGCAUGAGAAGAUAAGUUAUGGAGAUCUUCGCAAUGCGACAGAUGGCUUCUCUUCAAGCAACAUGAUUGGAUCAGGCAGUUUUGGUACUGUAUUUAAAGCAUUACUUCCGACGGAGAACAAGGUUGUUGCGGUGAAAGUUCUAAACAUGCAGAGGCGUGGAGCAAUGAAGAGUUUUAUGGCAGAAUGUGAAUCCUUGAAAGACAUAAGGCAUCGUAAUCUUGUUAAACUGUUGACGGCAUGUUCGAGUAUUGAUUUCCAAGGAAAUCAAUUCAGAGCUCUCAUCUAUGAGUUCAUGCCUAAUGGAAGCUUGGAUAUGUGGUUGCACCCGGAGGAAGUGGAAGAGAUUCGUAGGCCCUCAAGAACUUUGACACUUCUUGAAAGGCUCAACAUAGCGAUAGAUGUGGCUUCUGUUUUGGACUAUCUUCAUGUUCAUUGCCAUGAACCCAGAGCUCAUUGCGAUCUUAAGCCAAGCAACGUCCUCCUAGAUGAUGAUUUAACUGCCCAUGUUAGCGACUUUGGUCUUGCACGAAUCCUCCUCAAAUUCGACAAGGAGUAUUUCCUCAAUCAACUCAGCUCAGCCGGAGUCAGAGGCACAAUCGGCUAUGCCGCACCAGAAUAUGGAACAGGAGGACAACCAUCAAUACAUGGUGAUGUGUAUAGCUUUGGGGUUCUCCUUCUGGAGAUGUUCACUGGAAAAAGACCAACCAAUGAGUUAUUUGGGGGAAACGUUACUCUUUGUAGCUACAUCAAAUCUGCAUUGCCAGAGCAAGCAUUGGAUGUUGCGGACGAAUCCAUCCUUCACAGCGGGCUUAGAGUCGGUUUCCCAAUUGCUGAGUGCUUGAGGUUGGUUUUCGAGGUGGGACUUAGGUGCUGUGAAGAAUCUCCUACGAACCGGUUGGCAACGAGUGAAGUUCUCAAAGAAUUAGUCUCAGUCAAGGAGAGGUUCUUCAGAGCCAGAAGGACAACAAGACGUUGA